AUGGCCGAUGACCCCUUAGUUUGGAUAGAUUGUGAAAUGACUGGGCUUGAUGUAGAAAGUGAUCAUAUUAUUGAAAUUGCUGUCUUGAUAACCGAUGGGAAAUUGAAUAUCUUAGCCGAGGGACCAGUUCUUGUUAUUAAUCAGUCACAAGAAACGAUGGAUAAAAUGAAUGAUUGGUGCAAACAACAUCACGGUGAUGUUAGUUCAAUAUACAUUCUUAUCCAACAGUCAGGAUUAACUGCAAAAGUUUUAUCAUCCACGAUCACCACAUCAGAUGCAUCCGCUCAGAUUUUGGAAUUCUUAAAAAAACAUAUUCCCAAAAAAGGGAUCUCCCCUUUAGCAGGGAAUAGUGUUUAUGCGGAUAAAAUGUUUUUGAAAAAAGAAAUGCCUGAAAUGGUUGAUUGGUUACAUUAUAGAAUCAUUGAUGUUAGUAGUAUUAAAGAAUUAUGUAGAAGAUGGUAUCCUAGUAUUUUUGAAACCGUACCGAAAAAAAACUCUAAUCAUAGAGCAUUGGAAGAUAUCAAGGAAAGUAUUGAUGAAUUAAAAUUUUAUAAAAAACAUAUCUUCAUUGAUGAAAGUAGUAUUAACUCAGCAGCAAAUAAGAAAAGAAAAGAUGGAGCAGAAUAA